GUACAACCUGCACUUUGAACCGUCAAACGCAUGCAAAAAGGCACGGAAGGAGUCGAGCCACGCAUUUAGUACCGACGUUUUGUGAGCAGAAGCGCGGCGUGGAGAGUUGGUUUUACCGCGUGUUUGCGAACAUGGCGAUCAUUAAGAAGUGCUGCUGUUUCGAUGUGCGGACUGGGACUCAAAUCAUGGUCAGCUUUCAUCUGGUGUUUGUAAUGGCUGAUUUCGGCCUGACGGUGUACACGUGUAUAGGUCUGCAGAACGACGUACUGAGGGAAGCUCUGACACAGAUCACAGUGGGAUAUCCUAAUGAAUACUGGAAGAAAGUUCUGGUGGUGGCGUACAUGCUACUCAGUACCUACUUCCUGUCCAUGGUGAUGUCUGCAAUACUGGCCAUGUACUCUUGGUGCACAAGUCCGGAUUUCCAGUGCUUGCUGUGGUUUUGGCUGAUUGGUCAAGGGGCCCUCAACGUCAUGGGUCUGGGACUGAACAUAGCAUACCUCAUCAUGCUUGUCAAUCCUGGAGCGGGAUUGUGGAAAACAUACUUUUCGUCAGCAGCACAGUUUGUCGGUCACCUUAUUUUUACGAUCCUGACGUCGAUAGUCCUGACCAGCCAUCUGCAGAACUUGAGAAAGGGUCUGGGGAAGAACCUGCGAAUCUACUUCUCCUCACUGGUACCCAGGGACCUCACCACACACACCAACCACGGAUACCGCACAAGAACUGAGUCGAACAACAGUAACCUCGCCACCACCAUCGGACACAUGGCGGAGGUGGGUCACAGUGCAAACGUCUUCGACAUGAGAGCUGCAACAGUGAAUACGCCAUAGCUUCACAACCCCACCUAGCAGCUCGAGCCAGUACUGCACUGCACAAGACUAGUGCAGCUGUAAGCAACCAACAUUCCACACACAGAAGUGUGAUCUUCAGACAUAUAAUAUUUCCCCCUUCGCUUCGAAAUCACGAUUGUCUCCAGCAUCGCAAGACUAGCCAUUAUUGUACUAUUUUUAUCCAUUAUUGUCGGAAUAACACAAAGACAAUAGAAGUUCUCACUGGAACAAUUCAACUUUUCUCCAACCCAAAAAAUUAGAACUCGGCAAAAUGUUCACCAGGGCACAGUUUUGUUGGAAGGUGUAAAGAUUUUAUUUACCAAACACCACUACUUUGUGACAGUUAAGGCCACACUGACUUAAUUUUAUGGAUGACAUCUGCGCGCGCAUUGAUUUUCGCCUGUUCUCAAAAA